GACCACUGCUUUUGUGUGAGUAUUUUCAUCGUGGUUUUUGGUUCACUUUUUAUUUGCUUUGCAAUGGCGAUGAGCACCCAAAGAGCCUCUGCACCGCUUCUUUCUCUCGAAUCAGCUCCUCGAUGGAAGUACGAUGUGUUUUUGAGUUUUAGGGGUGUAGACACCCGCAAGGGUUUCGUAUCCCAUUUAUACCGCGAAUUGUGCAAGUUCCAAGGAAUUACGACUUUCCUUGACGAUCGAGAGCUUGAAGAAGGAACAAGUAUUCCACUUGAGCUCCCGAGUGCGAUCAAAGAAUCGCAUGUUGCAAUCGUUGUUCUUUCACCAAACUAUGCUUCUUCCAAAUGGUGCUUGAAUGAACUUACAGCCAUUCUUGAAUGCAUGGAAGCUAGGAACUCAGUUCUGCCGGUCUUUUACGAGACAGAUCCAUCUGACGUUGGAAAUCAACGGGGAUCUUUUGCCAACGCCUUCGCAGAGCAUGAAGAAAAGUUCAUCACUACCGAAGAUAAAAAGAAGGUUGUCCAAUGGAAAGCUGAUCUAAAAAGACUGUCCAAAAUUUCUGGUUGGCAUUCGAAGCAAUAUAAGUGUGAAAGUGAGCUUAUUGAAAAAAUCGUCAAUAGAGUGUGGUGGAAGGUGCAAGCUGCGUUCACCGUGUCAGAUUCCUCACAGAAAUUAGUCGGAAUUAAUUUUGGGCUUGAGCAACUAAGUUUGCUAUUAGCUCAUGAUGCCAAUGAUGUUCGCUUUAUAGGGAUAACGGGGAUGGGCGGCAUCGGUAAGACAACCCUUGCCAAGCUAGUUUAUGAUAGAAUCUUCCAUCAUUUUGAAGUUUACUGCUUUCUCGCAAAUAUCAGAGAUUGUACUCCAGUUAGUCUUCAACAACAACUUCUUUUCCCAGUCUUGGAAGAAAAGAUUGAGAAAGUUCGGGAUCAACAGUUGGGAAUCAUAUACACAGAGAAGUGCUUAAGCAACAAAAAGGUUCUUCUUGUACUUGAUGAUGUGGAUCAAAUAAACCAGCUACAAGUAUUAGCUGGAAAAGAAGCUUGGUUUGGUAGUGGGAGUAGAAUUAUCAUUACAACUAGAAAUGAACGUUUGCUAGUCCAGCAUGGCAUAACUUUAUGUCAUAGCGUCAAGUUGUUAAAUGAUUAUGAAGCUCUUGCUCUGUUUAGUCAACAUGCCUUUAAGAAAGAUCUGCCCGAAGUUGGGUUUUUGGAACUGUCUAAGUAUUUCAUUAAUCAUGCUGGAGGCCUUCCAUUAGCUCUUGAACAUUUGGGGUCGGCUUUGUUUAAGAGAGGUCUAGAUGCAUGGAAUAGUGCACGGGAUAAUCUAAAGAAAAUUCCUAAUCCAACAAUUUUUGAUAAACUCAAAAUAAGUUAUGAUGGACUAGAAGAGAUGGAGAAGAGAAUUUUUCUCGAUGUUGCAUGUUUUCACAAAGGGAAGCACACGCAGCGAGUAAUUGAAAUGCUAGACAAUUCCUUUGAUAUUUCAAGCCGGAUCUUGAUAGAUGCUCUAAUUGAGAAAUCUCUUCUGACCUCUGAAAAAUGCUUCCUGUAUGAUACUUCAGUCAAGUACAGCAGGAUAGGGAUGCAUGAUUUGAUACAAGAAAUGGCAUGGAGAAUUGUUGGUAACGAGUCUAAAGAGCCUGGCCGGCGGAGUAGGUUGUGGCUUCCCAAUGACAUUUUUCAUGUAUUCAUGAACAAUACGGGGACAAGAGCUAUUGAAGCCAUAAGCCUACGGUUACCCGAAAAAGAAGAGGUGCACUGGAAUUGCGAAGCCUUCUCUAACAUGUCUGGACUGAGGUUUCUGGAAUUUGACAAUUUGAUCGUUUCUUCAAGUCCCAAAUUUCUUCCAUGUUCCUUGAGAAUUAUGAAUUGGAGUUUGUAUCCUUUCAAGUCUCUUCCACCAAGCUUUAACCCGCGUUUCCUUACUGAACUUCAAAUGCGUGAUAGCAAACUUGUUCGGCUUUGGGAUGGAAAAGAGAAUUUCCCCAACUUGAAAUAUAUUGAUCUUAGCAAGUCACAUAAAUUGAUAAGUACCCUAGAUUUUACUGGUCUUCGAAAUCUUGAGGAGUUGAUUCUUCAGUCUUGUACUAAUUUGGUUGAGGUACACUCGUCUUUUGCAGUUCUUAAAAGACUUAAAGUUUUGAGCCUUGGUUUCUGUGAAAGUAUUGAGAGUCUCCCAAGUGAGCUAGAAAUGGAUUCCCUUGAAGAUUUAGAUCUUAGUGGAUGCUCCAAAGUGAAAAAGAUUCCAGAAUUUUCAAAGCAGAUGAAAAAUUUGUCCAUGGUUUCAUUAGGUGGGACUGCGAUUGAGAAAUUACCUUCAACAAUUGGACAUCUGGUUGGACUUACAGUCUCUUGA